GCUACAUGACGACACGGCACUUGCUGUGAAUGAUGUAAGUAGCUGUACGGUCCAAUCUGAGAUCAACAAUGGCAGGAGCUGCUGUCGAGUGAGCUUCCAAGGAACGUAAACAGUGUGCUGUGUGACGAUGACGCGCGCUACACCUGCAUCCUUUGACCGUCAAGGCCAGGACAUCUUUUCUUCGCCUUCUCUUCAACGUAGCCAGCCAUUUCUUCUAACUGCCCGUCUUGCGACAUCACAACGUUCACCGACGACCAGCUGACAGCCAACCAGCCACAAGAAAGCAUGGCGCCGGUGCCUCUAGAACCGGAAGUGAAAUAUCUGCCUUUGAGUAUGAUCGGUGGCCACGCGAUCGCAGUUGCAUCACUUAGCUUCACUGUUGUCCGAAGUCUGUACAGAGCGUAUCAUGAUCAGCCGCCAUCUCAAAGGACGAGAGCAAGAAUCGAUCUGCGCUCAAAGCUUGCUCCCCUCUUUGCAGGUCUGGCACUCGUCAGCUUGUCUCUCGCAAGUUACUGGACUUUGAGCUAUGCGAAGCUUUCAUAUCGUGUCUGGGCAGAUCAGCGCGGAGUAGGAGCCCCAGUUCGCUUUUACGGCGAUCAUGGAUUUUUCCCCGGCGAGAACGCGACUUGGGUUUAUCCCGGACGCUGGUUGAGUGACACCCCAGUCCACUUGGACGCCCUGGAGAUCAUCGCGGAGAAGGCUCGUCGCUUCUGGUGGGGUCAACAGAUUGAGCUUGCGACGAUCUCAUGGAGCUUGUUACUAGCCAUCGAGGGAAGACGCCGGAACAUCCCCUCUGUCUGGGCCUACCUUGCAUUGGCUCACCUCGUCAGCUUGUCUUUCGCCCAGAAUCUGUUUUACCUGGCGUUGCUCCUCACGCCUGCUUCAACCGUUGCCCAACCGAAUCCAAACUCGACUCUGGGACGUCUUCAUUGCAAACUAUUCCCCCCGAAACCCGCAAACUGGCUUCCACACCCGGCUUUGUUCCUAGCUUCGUUCUGUACCACGUAUGUCUUGAUAUACUGGGCACCCUCAACGACAGGCACAGCGACUUUUGCCAAGAUCGCAGUGACCGGACGAAUCCUUUCGUUUGCGCCCGUGGUUAUCCCUUCAGUGGUCCCGAUCAGCUGGGGAACAAUGUACAGCGACCCUCAUGGGGCAUAUGGCAUCUACAUUGAGCUCUUCCGAUUCGUCUCUACGGCGAGUUUUGCUUUCCAUGCCAAGGAGACCGCACUUAGCCUACUCUACAACAUACCCGAUGCCCACUUCCAUCGCCACAGUCGAUUCCUUCCGUUUGACAAAGGGCAGCGCUCGACAUGGGAGCGGACAACAACGGCGAUCGGCAAGGUUUUGGGAUCAGCGUCCGAUCAUCCCGUCGUCGCUGCUGUGGCAUGGGACGUUUUGCUCAGCGGAGCCAGCCAAGGAUUAUGGGCAGCAACACGUGCGUUGGAUGUGAACGACAUUCUAGCCUCUGCAACACCGUUCAUCCAGAAGGAUCUUUUGAAUGCGCAGCCACCGCCCAGGCUGCUGGAAGGAUACGACAAAUCAGCGCCGGAAUCGGAAUCGUACAGCCACACCAGCACCAAAACCACGCGACGCAGAAGCCCCCCAUCCAAGGCGAAAGCCGAAGGAACAACAGCUUCGGACCCACCUGGGUCUGGAAGCACCCACCGAGGCCGAGGCCGAGGACACACGGAAGAAUCCGGUGAGGGGCCGGAAGAUACGUACGAGCCGAGCCCAGCGGAAAGCCGUGCUGCGGUAGAGGGCGACGAGCUGCCAGAUAGUGAUUUGGACUGGGAAUCUGCAGCGUUGACCUGGGGCCUCACAGCCUUGGGCGGACUUGGAUCUAGUAGUGCCGGUGUUUUUGGGGCCGAGUGCACAUCUCGAUGAGGCAAUUGCAGGCCCAGGGCAUUACGAGCAGGUUCAGUACUUGUGCCAUACGCAAUGUUCUUUGUUUGUUUGCAUCACUUUCAACGCUUUGGGUGGGAGCAGGCAGAGCCUGACGACGGCCAUGGCUCGAGUCCGGAAGCCGUCAGCCAGUUGUGUCUUGGCCUCCAGCAGCGUUCCGGAAACGGCUAGAAGGAUUUAGGGUACACAUACACCAAUGGAUGCUCUCUGAGUACACACGCUCAGCCUUUAUGUUAGGGCGGUGGUACGCUGUUCGGUGUAC